ACUGUGCAGCUCAUAACAUCAGCCAGUGAAUCCUUAUUUGGACAUUUAGACCAAAGCGAGUGCUUGUGGUCUUACAAACAUUUAAAUUAUUUUCUUUGAGAAAACCUGCUGUUUUUGUAAUUCCUGUUUUAUAUCUACAUGUUCUGCAGUUAUAUGGACAUUUUGUAGACAGAUUUUGAGUGUGAGUAUAUGCUUUACACAGCUGGAAAACUCUGAGAUACCCAAUCGCAGCUGCUUUCUCAUGUGGGAGGGAGAAGGAAGUAAGUGUUGAUAUCUGUGAAGUGUGUGACCAUAUAACAGACGGAGGUGAGGUGAGUAACUGCUUCUGACUGCUCACGAUGGAACGGCUUGAUCUGGAGACGAAACAAAAACGCUACUGCAUUCAAGGGAAGCAUGUCGUGGUCAUAUGUUUGGCUGUGAUGGUGACAGGUAUUGCAGUGGGUCUUGGGGUGGGCUUGAGCCAGAAGACUUCCACUAAUGAGGGCAACAAGCCAACAACAACAACACCGCCAACAACAAGCAGCCCAGUCACGGACAGAAGCCCCUGCAAACCUUCCAACAACACAAGUGGUGGCUGGACCAAUUUUCGGCUGCCUGACUACAUCAUACCAAUCCACUAUGACUUACACAUGGAGCCCAACCUAGAUACAGAUGUUUAUACUGGCAGUGUGGCCAUCCAUCUGAAUCUGACAAAGCCCAGCACUUACAUAUGGCUGCACAUUCGAGAGACGUUUGUAUCAUCCAUGCCAACUCUCCAGCUCAAGGGUUCAACUGAUACCAUCUCCAUUGGCCUGAAGGGGUGCUUUGAGUAUACUCCACAGGAGUAUGUAGUCGUGGAGGCCACAGAGGAACUGAGAGCCACAAGCACAGAUGAGUACUACAUCCUCACUCUGAAGUUCCAGGGCUGGCUGAAUGGCUCUCUUGUCGGCUUCUACAAAACAACCUACCUUGAGAAUGGAAUAAUCAAAAAAAUUGCAGCCACAGACCACGAACCCACCGAUGCUCGUAAAUCUUUUCCCUGUUUUGACGAGCCUAACAAAAAAGCCACAUACAAAAUUUCCAUCACCCAUGACCAGGACUACAGUGCCUUGUCCAACAUGCCAGUUGAGAGUACAUUGCCUUUUGACCAAAAGGUAAAAACUAAUUUUGUCACAUCAGUUAAGAUGAGUACCUACUUGGUGUGUUUUGCAGUACACCAGUUCACUUUUGUGGAACGGAUGUCUAAAAGUAACAUUCCACUUAGGAUCUAUGCCCAGCCUUCACAGAUCCACACUGCUGAUUAUGCUGCAAAUGUCACUAAGAUCGUCUUUGACUAUUUUGAAGAAUACUUUAACAUGAGUUACUCCAUUGGAAAGCUUGAUAAGAUAGCAAUUCCAGACUUCGGGACAGGAGCGAUGGAAAACUGGGGCUUGAUUACCUAUAGAGAGAGCAACCUGUUGUAUGAUGAGAUGGAGUCUUCCUCCUAUAAUAAGCAGCGUGUGGCCAGUGUCAUCGCCCAUGAACUUGUGCACCAGUGGUUUGGCAAUAUUGUCACGAUGGACUGGUGGGAUGACUUGUGGCUGAAUGAGGGAUUUGCCAGCUUCUUUGAGUAUGUGGGUGUGGAACAAGCUGAGCCCAGUUGGGGAAUGCGUGACAUCAUGCUCAUUGAUGAUGUAUUUCCUGUCUUGGUUGAUGAUGCACUGCUCACUUCUCACCCCAUCAUUGUUGAUGUGUCCACACCUUCAGAAAUCACAUCUGUUUUUGAUGCCAUCUCAUAUAGCAAGGGAGCAUCUAUUUUGAGAAUGUUGGAGGACUGGAUGGGUCGAGAAAAAUUUAGGGAUGGCUGUCGGAACUAUUUGAAAGCCUUCACUUUUCAUAAUGCCAAGACAUCAGAUUUUUGGAACGCCCAGUCUGAGGUGUUUGGGAUAUCUAUAGCAAAUGUCAUGGAUACAUGGACCAAACAGAUGGGUUACCCAGUGCUAAGUCUUACUAAUACAACUACAGAGGCUAAACUCACCCGGAAGAGGUUCCUCCUGGAUCCUAAUGCUGACCCAACUCAACCCAGCUCUCCUCUGGGCUACAAGUGGACAAUUCCUGUGCGAUGGAAUUCAUUGCACACCAACAAGACAUACACUGUGCUCUUUGAUAAAGACCAACCAGAGGUAAUUAUUGAAAACUACUCCCCUGCUGCUGAUGGACUCAUCAAAGUUAACAACGACCACAUGGGCUUUUACCGCGUCAAUCAUCCUGAGGACAUAUGGGCUGCCAUCAGCCAACAGCUGCUAACAGACCACCUGGUCUUUGGUGCAGCAGACAGAAGCGGUUAUAUUGAUGAUGUAUUCGCUUUAGCAAGGGCAGAUGUGAUUAUAAAUUAUAGUACCACUUUUGAAUUACUUAAUUACCUGGCAAAAGAGAAAGAGUAUAUUGUAUGGGACCGGGUUGCCUCAUCAAUAGCUUAUGUGAAGGACAUGCUGGCAAGUGACUCUACACUUUAUUCCAAAUUUCAGAAACUUUUUCAGCAACAUGUGUACAACAUCUCUAGAGAGCUGGGCUGGGAAGAUGUGGGCAGCCAAACUGAACGGCUAUUGAGGGAAACAGUUCUCAGUAUUGCCUGCCAAAUGGACGAUACAGAAAUUCUUUCUCAGGCUUCUGCCAUUUUUGAAGAUUGGAUUAAUAGAAAAAUAAGCAGUGUACCAGUGAAUCUAAGGCUACUGGUGUACCGAUAUGGGAUGAAGAAUUCAGGAUCAGAGGCAAGCUGGGAAAUUAUGUUUGAGAGGUACCGCAGUACCACACUUGCUCAAGAAAAAGACAAGCUGCUCUAUGGCCUGGCUUCUAUAGAAAAUGUUUCACUCCUGAACAGGCUGCUUGAGGCAUCUAAGAAUGAGACCAUUGUAAGGAGUCAAGACCUGUUCACCCUGGUGCGAUAUGUGUCCCUAAACAAGUAUGGUGAAAGCAUGGCUUGGGAUUGGGUCACUCUUAAUUGGGACUAUCUAGUGAAAAGAUACACAAUUACGGACAGGAAUCUUGGACGUCUUCCUAACAGAAUCAGUACGUCAUACAACACAGAGCUGCAGCUGUGGAAGAUGGAACACUUUUUUGCCCUAAACCCAAAUGCUGGAGCAGGAGAGACACCCAGAAAGCAGGCUUUGGAAAGAACGAAGAGCAAUAUCGACUGGGUGAAACGCAACCAAGAAGAGAUCAAAUCCUGGCUGGAACACAACGUGUCUUAAACAUUAAACACACUUAAGCACACACUUGUCAAAACACUCUCCCAUUCUUUUUAUGUUUUUUCCCCCAAGAAAUUAACCUUAAUACUAAAACGAAUGAGAGAAACAGAACUUUUUACAAAAUUCUAAUUAUUUGUAAUCAGUGUUAAUGCACAAGAACAGAAAAUGGUCCACUAACAAAGUUAUAGGUUUGUUUUGUUCUAGAUUAAUGUUAAUCACUUUGACCUAAACAUUCAUUUGGACUGUAGAUUUGUUACUUUGUAUUUAAGUGUUGCCUGGUUAAACAAAAACUUUAAAAAUGUU